UGGUGGCGGGUUACUUUUGCAUAUCCACAAUAGCUCAUUGUGCACAUGGUGUAGAAUGCCACAUCUAGGCCGCUUCAAACAAUACAAUUACUCCAGAACAACUACAGCAAUGCCAAGCUAUACCUCGCAGUGUUUUCUGCUGUUCUGGGAAAUUUCAGUUUCGGCUAUUCCUUGGUGUACCCCUCCCCAGUAAUCCCUCAACUCAAAAACAGUGAUAAUCCUCAACUAAAGAUGAACACAGAACAGAUAGCCUGGUUUGGGUCUAUUUUCACAUUGGGGGCUGCAGCAGGAGGCCUUGGCGCCAUGCUUCUGAACGACCUGAUUGGACGGAAGAUAAGCAUCAUGGUGUCGGCAGUCCCUUCAACAGUUGGGUACAUUGUGAUGGGAGCAGCACAAGUUACAUGGAUGCUCCACCUGGGCAGGUUUCUGACUGGAAUCGCUGGGGGGAUGACUGCUGCUUCCAUCCCUGUGUACAUCUCUGAGAUCUCCCACCCGAAAGUGAGGGGAGCAUUGGGGUCCUGCCCUCAAGUCACUGCUGUUUUCGGAGCCCUGUCACUCUACGUCCUGGGGCUGGUGCUUCCAUGGCGGUGGCUGGCUGUGGUGGGGGAGUUCCCGGCCCUGCUCAUGUUGCUGCUGCUGUGCUUCAUGCCCGACUCGCCGCGCUACCUGGUCAGCUGUGGCCAGCGGGACAAGGCCCUCAAGGCCCUGGAGUGGCUGCGGGGCCCGAACUCGGAAUUCACGACAGAGUUCAGCAGAAUCGAGUUCAGCAUCUCGUCUCAGGGGAAGAUCCAGUGGUCCGAUUUGAAAAUACCAUUCUAUUACAAGCCCAUCCUGAUCUCAACCUUGAUGAGGUUCCUUCAGCAGAUGACUGGCAUAACUCCCAUCCUGGUGUUUUUGGAGCCCAUCUUCCUCAAGACAGAUGUUUUCCUGGAACCUAAAUAUGACGCAGCGCUGGUGGGAAUAAUUCGACUGAUGUCAGUGGGAAUCGCUGCCACUUUGAUGGACAAGGCCGGACGGAAGGCCCUCCUCUAUGCCUCAGGUUUCCUGAUGUUUCUCUCUACUCUUACGAUGAACAUGUACUCGCACAACAGCCACUGCCCCUCCGGCAACCUGACUGGCACUAUGCUGACCCAAGACCCCGCAGGGGCAUCUGCCUUCCACGCCAUCACCCUGAUCCCUUUAAUAAGCACCAUGGUCUUUAUAUUUGGUUAUGCUAUGGGAUGGGGCCCAAUCACUUGGCUUCUGAUGUCUGAGAUCUUACCACUGGGAGCACGAGGGAUCACGUCAGGCCUGUGUGUGGUGGUCAGCUGGCUGACUGCCUUUGUCCUCACUCAUGUCUUCAUGCAUGUGGUGGAGGCCUAUGGACUGUUUGUGCCGUUCCUGUUCUUCUCCGUGGUGUGUGUGGUGAACAUUAUAUUUACUGCCGUGUGUGUCCCGGAGACCAGGAACAGGUCGCUGGAGGAGAUUGAGAACUAUUUCAGGACGGGACGCAAAUUCACCAUCCUUGACGGAUAAUGUUUGUUACCGGAGCAUUGACACUUGACGUCAGCACACAUACUUUGUUUUAAAUCAGGUGAUGAAUUCAAUGAGUUAAUUGUUGCUUCAAUCUUUGUAAUAUAGUUCAUGUAAUUUUAUGUAUUUUAAAGUGUAAAUUAACAUUAAAUAAAUGCAUCUAUUG